AUGUCGUUUUUCGCACGUGAAUUUAUGCUUUAUUUGGACAAGGUAUCGAAACCAGGAAUUGAGACAAUAAAAAAGAAAAUUCUAGAUGAACAUGAGCCUCAAGCAAUUGUCCAACUCCUAGUUGUAAAUUGCGAAGGCAUAACAAGCACAAUACAAGAUCUUCCGAUGUGUGGAAAAAUUUUAGGGUCGAAUGAACAAUAUGCCUGGUGA